CACAGACUAAGGCACCAAUUAUGGAAAGAAGCUGCGCCGCAGACGGCUUGUAUAAAUAGUUGUCAAUUAAGCAUCGCCCCAUAAGAUGGAAAUGUACUAAUUUUCAAUUUUCAAGUUCUGCUUGACCCUACUGGUUACUUAUUUUCAUUUCCAAGUAUCUCAACUUUCAAUCAUUCCACCCGUACGAGUAACGUUUUCUAAGGUAUAAGUUGUCACACACAAAAAUACAAGAUCCUUCGUUAUGGCGUCGUCCUCCAUAAAUUCGCAGUUUCCUGUAGAUUCAAAAUUCAUGUACCAACGGCAAAGCUCUCAUGAUAUACCUUCCGACACCCAACUCGAUGCGUCACAAGUUCCUGUUGAUGGGAGCAAUCCCUUCCGAGUACCUGCCGAAUCAACCCCUAUUAAUAUACAACCGUAAGUGUUAGCUGUCGAAUCUUUUAGUCUAUACUAAACGAGCACAGAGACCAUGACCCUUCUUUAAGCCAAUCGUCGACUUUACCUCCUCAGUACGCACCACAAGCAACAGUGGCUCAAUAUCCCCCAUCACCACCUCCGACAGAAGUAGGAACACCAGACGUCGCUUUCCAUGAAGGCUCAAUUCAAGGUUCCCUAUUCACGCCUAGCUGGACAAGAUUUCGUAUACCAACCAAAACCGAAUCACUAUCAUCAGGGUUUACCUACGAUGAAAGACUACACACUUUACGAGUAUCAAACGAGGAAUGGUUCCAAUUCAGUAGCGAGAUGGUCAAAGCAUCGAAACUCACACUGAAAGAAGACUGGGGAGCAUGGACAACAGGUAUCACAACAGGAACACUCAGUUCACCAUUCCUCCUCGUCUUCGCACCAUCGGCAGGAAUCUGGGCCGGCAAAAAGGUGCACAGAAAGGCCGUUGAAAGAAGUGUCACCGAGAAGCUGUCGGGUGAGGGCGAACUACGAACGAUCCUCCGAAAUUGGAACACGAACAAUUUUCUGAACAAGGGAUUCCAAGCUUGGCUAGAGCUACCCGAGAACGCAAAGAAGGGGUCCAACAAGUUCCAGAUUCUGAUUUGUCCGAGCGAUGGUAUGGAGUCACCUAGAGAGACCCCGCGAUCGAUUGUCCCUGGGUUUGCGGAGGCUGAUAGUUCUCAGGUUUUGAUUACUGAGCUUCCUGGUGAUGCGAUACGGCGUCGUCCUGUGCCGGUUCGAGAGGGGAGGAACUUAGAGGUCAAAUCUAUUUCGCUUCCUACACGGUAUACCGAUAGUAAAGUGGGGGAGAUCAAACACGAGUUGGAAUGAGCUCGGCAGUGUUUUUGCUUUGUAUAUACUUUUGGAGUUUGGUUGAUACCAUGGAGGUCUAAUUUUGGAAGCCGAUUAUUCA